ACCCAGUGUACAUAUGUAGUGCAUGAAAAAAUAAACUGAAAUAAAUACAACCUUCGUCAUAGAUUUUUUGACUGUCAGUGCCUAUUGAUCAAAUGCUCUGUCUCUCAUGUCACUUGAACUCCAACAACAACUAUCGUCACUAUUGUAGAGUGCGCUGUGUCUCCGCACUAUCCCUUCAUUUCCAUGAUUAACAGUUAGCUUAGCACUUCAUGAUCAAAUGUCUUCCAACAAUCAGGUGUCCACUGUCUCGGAAAAGUAUACUUUGAGUCGAGAUGUUGAGAAAGGCCCAGGAAAUAAUGGGGAUUAUCAAAACGAAGUGAUAGGACAAGGAUCUUCACAAGACGAGCCCGUUCUUGACGACGAUGAGGUCGAAUUUGAAGAGGACGACGAACAUGAACCGAUUUCAGCAAUUUCAGCAGUCACAGACUACUCUCUACAACAUCGAGGCUCAUUAUCAGGCCUUUCUCUCUUCUCCACUGCGUCUAUCGACUUGCGCUAUCGCUCUAGAUCCGGCCCUCCCCAGUGGUGGAUCAAGCUUAAAGCAUUCUUGUACCCGCCAGACCCACAGAAGGAUCCUUCUGGGUCCUCCUUUAUUCCAAAUUACCGCUACACACCGAUCUUUUCUGCUGUCAUCAUUCCAUUUUCGAUUCUGCUCGAGAUUCCUGGCUUAACCGGCAAUUGGUAUAUCAAAACCAUUGACAAUCAAACCGUAGAGAAGAGAUCGAACCCAGUGCUUUUAGAUGUUGCGUUAGGGAUUAGCAUGGGAUGUGCUCUGGUGGCGAAUGUAGCGUUAAUUGUCAGGUUUUUGGAGAAAAACGUCAAGUUGAUGACAAUCGUCUGUGUGGUAUUUCUUACUUUGCACGAUUUAAUCAACAUCAUUGCCGUUACGACGUUCGGCGUGGAGAAUCGUUUUGACGACGGGUUCACCUACGGACAAUCAUUCUGGAUGACAUUGUGUUCGACAAUAGCAUCUACAUUCACCAAUGCUAGCCUCAUUACUGAUUUCGUCCGAACUCCCGAUUUUUCAAGCAGCGGUAGCGGCUUAACUCGGAAACAGCGUUCCCUGGUGAUCAUGGUGAUCGUUCUCCUGGUAUAUAUCGCAUUUGGCGCGUUGAUUGAGAGUAUCCUUCUGAAACUCAACUUUAUCGAUGCAUUGUACUUUACGAUUUGUUCCAUCGAAGCUAUUGGUUUUGGAGACAUUCCUCCUGUCACAACCGGCUCCAAGGUUUUCAUCUGCUUUUAUGCCAUCUUCGGCAUCGUCAAUCUCGCACUAGCAGUCAGCCUAACUCGCGAAACUGUGCUUGAGGCUCUCGAAGUUGGGUACCGAAAACGUGUCCAUGCCGCACGGGUCAAGAGGAAAAACCUUCGCUGGCGGAAACGUGUUGCUCAUCGAUGGCGAGAGGCAGUAGAAUGGCGGUUAAGGGAGAAAGGGCAUCCGAUCUGGGCUAUGGACACCACUAGGGUAUCAGGCAUUUCGGGCUUUGUUCGUCACUGGGUCCUUUUGUUCGUUGACAAGACCUUUCCUCAAUGGACAUGGAGGUCAAAGUGGAAAGGAUUGGGAGCAGUUGCUCAUCCCAAGGGGAUGCAUUUAAACCUGGAGGCUUUGGAAGGACUUGCGUUGGAGAGUGCGGCGAUGGAAGCGGGCGUACCGUUAAGUGAACUGUUACCUCCAGGGUUCGCGAGGAGAUGGGCAGAUAGGCAUCCAUCUACCUCAGGAGAGGAAGAUAUCUGUUCUACGCGGGUAUCGAGUGCAUCUUCUGCCCUGCCUCCACUACCGACGUCAGUUGCACGGGAAAAUUCCAACUUUGGUCCACCCCCAUCUCGACUCGAAACUUGGAUGACCCGCUUGCAGAAUGCUCAGAAAAACUACACUCAAGGAACAGAUGACAUUGCGCUUACCCACGCGAGGCUUGGAAGGAUGGUGGCUAUGCUGGGUGGAUUUGCACUCGCUGUGAACAGACCGGGUACUCUGAAAUGUUCCGCCCCAAGGUCUUCAGCUAAGCCGAUGAAGGCCGCUAAUUACCCUUCGAACGCCUCACCCUCCAUCAAUGAAACAAGGUCCCUCUCGCAACAAUAUGAUGCCUACCGCAUUGUGAUGGAAAGAGAAGAAGUUAAGGCGUUCUACGCCAGGUUGAUCGUUGUCUGGACACUGUUCUUAGUUUUCUGGCUGGUCGGGUCCGGAGUUUUCAUGGUGACAGAAGGCUGGAGUUUUGGAAUCGCGAUGUAUUUUUGUGUCAUUGCAUUCACAACCAUUGGAUUUGGUGAUUAUUCUCCAAAGACACCAGCCGGACGGUCUAUCUUUGUCGGUUGGGCUCUCUUGGGCGUGGCGACCAUGACAAUCCUGAUUUCAGUUGUUGCAGAAGCCUACACCUCUCGCUAUAAGAAUGUCCUUCAGUCUACUAAAAUUUUCGAUCGUGCGGUUGCCAGAUACAAAACGAGGGAAAAAGCGAAAGCCUUGGCAAAAUCACAACGAAAAUCUAAUGCCUUAUCUUCCGCAGCAGCCCUAUCCCCUCUUCCUCCGCUUCCAUCUAUCUCUACCAAUAUAUCCAAGACGCCUUCAGAAGAGGUUAACGCCGACUCUUCACCUCGUCCGCAGCCGCAUGCCAAAUCAGAUACUCAGCUACACAAUAAAGGAGGUGGAUUCGCAAACACCGUACGACAUGUUGACAAGAAGCUAGAGGAGCUACCCCGGAGUAUCCUUGCACAUGCGCGCCUCUUCAGUGAGCACUUGCAGUAUUUUGUCGGGCCGGGAAGUGUCGGUGCCAAUGGUGGACCAUCUAGUGGACAGGAAAUUCCCCCGAGCCUGAAGAAACUGAUGGAUGAUAUUGCUGGCGCGUCCAAGUUUGGGGAAAGGAUUCAAACGGAGAUCUUGCAGGAUGCAGAGGCAAGGCAGACGUUAUUUACAUUGAGUAUUGAAAAGGCUUUACGAAAAAUGAUUGAAACAGCGGAAGAUGCGAUCCAGUCUUUGGAAGAACGCGAUCGACUUUUAGAGUUGAAUGUUCAAGAAUACAAUAAUAUUAACAACGAUGACCAGGCUGAGACGCCGUCACUGAUACGAUCUUCGGACAUACGAUUUACGAACAACAACGAAGGACUGGCAUCAAGGCAGAAUGAAUGAUUCGUGUUUCUGCUUCGUUGCUUGCUCUGUGGACAUUUACCUAACAUCCAAUGUAUAUUGUACAAUGCUUCAACCUAAUUUACUUGAUUUUUGUGAUUCUAGGUUAAUUAUUACAAGUACAG